CCAGCGCUCCGCUCCGCCUUAGCGCACUCCCGGCAACCCUUUGGGGCGGACACCAGGCCCUCCCUACCGCAGACUACAUUUCCCACAGGCCUCUGCACGUAGUUUUGUAAGGGCUUCGUUGCUGGUGUCGCCUCCAGAGAUCUGGUUUAUAUGGAUUUUGCAGUUUUCCAGCAGAAAUCUUGAGAAGCACUAACCAGUUCAAAACCAUGGCCUUUGGUCCAGUGACAUUCAGGGAUGUGGCCAUAGACUUCUCACCGGAAGAAUGGGAAUUCCUGGACUCAGCUCAGAGGGACUUAUAUAGGGAUGUGAUGUGGGAAAAUUAUAGAAACUUCAUUUCACUGGCAGGACAUUCCAUUUCUACACCAGAUGUGAUUACAUUAUUGGAUGACGGGAAGGAGCCCUGGAUGCUUAUGAGGGAAAGGAUAAGAAGACACUACCUUGAUUUGGACUCCAGAUACAGGACUAAUACUUUAUCUUCAGAAAAGGAUAUUUGUGAAAUAUAUUCAUUCCAAUUGGAAGUAAUGGAAAAAAUUAAAAGCUAUUGCCUUCAGGACUCCAUUUUUAGAAAUGAUUGGGAAUGCAAAAGUAAGAUUGAGGGGCAAAUGGAACCACAAGAAGGAUGUUUGGGGCAAGUGGAAAUUACUUCUGAAAAAAUGACCACAUACAAAAAGCAUAAUUUUCUCGCUGAAUAUCAGAGAAUUCAUAAUAGGGAAAAGUUAUAUGAAUGUAAGGAAUGUAGGAAGACCUUUAUUCGUCGCUCAACACUUAGUCAACACCUGAGAAUUCAUACUGGUGAGAAACCUUAUAAAUGUAAGGAAUGUGGGCAGGCUUUUAGACAACGUGCACACCUUAUUCGACAUCACAAACUUCAUACUGGUGAGAAACCCUAUCAAUGUAAGGAAUGUGGGAAGGCCUUUACAGUGCUCCAAGAACUUACUCAACAUCAGAGACUCCAUACUGGUGAAAAGCCCUAUGAAUGUAAAGAAUGUGGAAAGGCCUUUAGAGUACAUCAGCAACUUGCUCGACAUCAGAGAAUUCACACUGGUGAGAAACCCUAUGAAUGUAAGGCGUGUGGGAAGACCUUUAGGCAGUGUACACACCUUACUCGACAUCAGAGACUUCAUAUUGCUGAGAAGCUCUAUGAAUGUAAGCAAUGUGGGAAAGCCUUCGUGUGUAGUCCAGACCUUCGAGUACAUCAGAAAAUUCAUUUUGGUGAGAAGCCCUAUGAAUGUAAGGAAUGUGGAAAGACUUUUAGAAUAUGCCAACAACUUACUGUCCAUCAGAGUAUUCAUACUGGUGAGAAACCCUAUGAAUGUAAGGAAUGUGGGAAGACUUUUAGAUUAAGACAACAACUUGUUCGCCACCAGAGAAUUCAUACUCAUGAGAAGCCCUAUGAAUGUAUGGAAUGUUGGAAGACCUUUAGUAGUUACUCACAACUUAUUUCACACCAGAGCAUUCAUAUUGGUGAGAGACCUUAUGAAUGUGAAGGAUGUGGGAAGGCCUUUAGACUGCUUUCUCAACUUACUCAACAUCAGAGUAUUCAUACUGGUGAGAAACCCUAUGAAUGUAAGGAAUGUAGAAAACCCUUUAGACUGCUCUCACAACUUACUCAACAUCAGAGUAUUCAUACUGGUGAGAAACCUUAUGAAUGUAAGGAGUGUGGUAAGGCUUUUAGACUUUAUUCAUUUCUUACUCAACAUCAGAGAAUUCAUACAGGUGAGAAACCCUACAAAUGUAAGGAAUGUAAGAAGGCCUUUAGACAGCAUUCACACCUUACUCAACAUCAGAAAAUUCAUAAUGAAAUUUAGUACAAGAAAGCCUUGAUGUGUACAUUAUGUUACAGAAUAUCACAAAAUUCAUUUUGAGAAUUGUUUUCAUGCUCACAUCAAAGCAUAAGAAAUUUUAUAUGACAGGAAAAAUUUUGCUUUAAAAGCCUUCCUUCAUCAUUCAAACAUUGCCUCUGGCAAAUGUAUGUCAGAGAAUAAUACAAUUAAUAUAAGAAAAGCUUUAGCUUUCUUUAUCAUUGUCUCCAUUUCACCACUUUAUUACCACUUUGUUACUGGGCAAGGUACUUAAACUUCUGUGACUCAUCUUGUUCACGUGUAAAAUGGUGAUAAUAUGUAUAUUAUUUAUUGCUGUAUAAUAAAUUACCACAACUUAAUAGCUUAAAAUAAUACAUAUAUAUUAUUUCACAAUUUCUAUGGAUUGGGAGUCUGGGUGUAACUUAGUUGGGUCUUCUGCUUCAGAAUUUCUCAUGAGGCUAAAAUCAAGAUUUUAGCUAAGGCUGGGUCUGAUCUGAAGGCUCAACUGGGAAAGGGAUCCACUUCCAACCUCAUAUGGUUGUUGGCUGAAUUUAUUUUCUUGAGGGCUACUGCACUGAGGUCCUAAGUUUCUGACUGUUGGCAAAAGGCUGACCCCAGUGCCUUGCCACAUAGACCUCUUCAACAUGGCUGCUUCAUCAACAAAUAGUCUGCUAGAAUCAUAAAAUUUAUAAUCUUGUGUAGUCUAAUCACUGAAGGAAUAUUUCAUCACUUUAUGUCUUCUACUGGCUAGAAGCAAAUUUCUAGGUUACCUGCACUCAAGGGAAGAGGAUUCCAUAAGAGUGU